AUGGCAACGAAACAGCAGUCGACCGUGGCCAAGGCCGACGCGCCUCAUGAAAAAUACUUCCGCUACCACUCGGCCGUCAUUCCAGUUGGAUUGGGAACAGAUCGCCAGCAGGCCCUGCGAUGCUGGACCUCGAAAAGCCCUGCAGUGGCAGCUAAUCCUUCUCUUUUGUUUUCCUUGUGCGUGAUUCGCCCUGGUUCUACGAGCGAAAAAUAUGUGUUGGAACAGCUAGAUCCUCCGUCGAAAGAAAUGUUUGAGGUGGAUCCAGAUGCCGUUUUGAAUGCAAAUAGCGAAGAAGACGAGUUAGCUGCUUCUGACAUUGGCUUGUUAAGCCACAAGAACGUAGCCUGUGUGCUGUCUAUGCUGAAGACCCGAUACCUAGCAGCAAAAAUGUACACGAUGGCGGACCCCUUGUUGGUUGCAAUUAAUCCUUUUCAAGACCUCGGCAACGCUACAAAAGAAUGGAUUGACUACUACAGAAAUGCCCCUAGCACUGCUCAGACAGAACCGCAUGUGUUCAGAGUUGCCCGGCAAGCACUUGCAAACUUGGAGGACUAUAAUAAGAGCCAAACUAUCAUUGUUUCAGGAGAAUCGGGUGCUGGAAAGACAGAAGCUACCAAACAAGUCAUGAGAUACUUCGCUGCAGCGAGCAAAGGCAACAACAGAAUCCAAGAGGCAAUCAUGGCUGGCAAUCCCCUACUUGAGGCUUUUGGAAACGCAAAAACUAUUCGAAAUAACAACUCUAGUCGCUUUGGCAGGUUCAUGCAGCUUUCACUCUCUAGCGAAUCCGGUAUUCAAUACGGUGCCAUCACCAACUUUCUUCUUGAGAAAGUGCGGCUGGUGUCUCAAGAACCUGGCGAACGUUCCUUUCACGUGCUGUACCAACUCUUGAAAGGAGCAGAUGAUGAAAUGAGGCAAAGGUUACACCUCCGGCCCAUAGACCAAUACACCUUUUUGACAGCGCGGAGCGGCGGAUGCUUCGAUAUUGAAGGAGUAGAUGACAGAAGCGAUUUUCAAGAACUGCGGGAAUCGUUUGUAUCUAUGGGUCUUCCUUCAGAAGACGAGUCAACCGUUUUUUCAAUUUUGUCCGGUGUUCUGCUCAUUGGUAACACGAAAGUAGCUUCUCUUGAAAAACAAGGAAUGCCUGAUGCGGCGCAUGUGACGGGUGAGUCGUUGGCGGUUCUCAAGGAAUCAGCAAGUCUGCUGUUUGUCGAUCCUGACAAAUUGGCUCAGAACAUUCUUAGAAAACAAACAAAAGUGGGAAACCAGCUGCUGGAGGGACCGAGGACAUACAGAGAGGCAGAUAUGAUGAUAAAGUCCGUCGCUAAACACGUAUACGACCAGCUAUUUGCGUGGUUGGUUCGUUUUCUGAACAAGACCAUUGCGCCUCCCGGGGGGUUCGGAGUGUAUAUGGGCAUGCUAGAUAUCUUUGGUUUUGAAGUCUUUGAGCACAACUCCCUAGAACAGCUGUUAAUUAACAUCACCAACGAACACUUGCAGAAACAUUUUAUCGACGUCAUCUUCGAAACUGAAACCAAACUCUACAAAAGUGAAGGAAUUCCUACAGAAGCCCUAGUCUGGACGGAUAAUGCAGAAAUCAUGGACACCCUCUGCGGCCCUAGAGAUUCUGUUUUUGCAAUUAUUGAAGACAUCUGUCUCGGUCUCCGCGCCAGUGAUGAAGCUUUGUGCGGAAUGAUUGUACGCAAGUUGGGAGGCAAAGGUGUCGUACUCCCUUCGCGGCGCGACCAGCGGAUAAAGUUUGUGGUUCGUCACACGAUUGCAGAUAUUGAGUAUUCCUGUGAUGGCUUUCUUGAGAAAAACCAGGAUAUAUUAAAGAAGGAACUCGUGGACGUCCUCAAGGCCUCGUCGAAUCGCGUAAUGGCGGAAAUGUUCGAAGGUAUUGUCGUCGAAGCAGGAAAAAUCGGAAGAGGGUCCCUCAUUGCCUCGCAGUUUCUGCGAUCUUUAAAUUCAAUGAUUGGACUGAUAAGGCAAACAGAACCCCAUUUCAUUCGCUGUUUGAAGCCGAACGAGACAAAGAGGCCCCUCGAGUGGGAGGGUCCCAAGGUGCUGAAUCAGCUAUUCUCUUUGUCUAUUCUUGAGGCACUCCAGCUGCGGCAGAUUGGGUAUUCUUACAGGCGGCCUUUCGCAGAAUUCGUCAAGAGGUUUCGUUGGCUUGAACUAGGGGCAGCGAAUUCCAAUGCAGAUCGGAAAGAAGUGGCGCUGCAAAUGCUGCAGGCAUCCGGCCUCCCAGAAGACGAAUGGGCUCUUGGCAAGACGAUGGUGUUUCUGAAAGCUGAAGCGGCUCGUGCACUCGAACGCAUGCAAACAGAGAAGAUGAUGUCUUUGCGGCCAAUCGUCGAAUUCGUGGAAGCCGCAUACAGACGAAUCUCUCUCAAGAGAAAUCUGGAGGCCGUUCUUCCUGCUCUCAUAAGGGCAGAGGCCCAUUGUCGCCGGCAGGCGACUCUUGUAGAGUACGGAGCCCUGGACUUGCCUCCUGGCUUUACAGAGGCAUUGCUGCAGGGCAUUGACUACACUCAGCAGCAGAAGGAACAGAGGGAAAGGGAAAGACAGGAAAGGGAACAGAUGGCCAACGAACGCCUGGGACACAGGAAACUGACAAAAGAAAAAAAAUUUGCUAUGCAAGUCCUUCAGAUGUACAAGUCAUGGGACAGCAUGAGGGGCCUCGAAACCAAACACGAAGGUUUCUUUCCUUCAGAGCUUGAUUACCUGAAAGAAAAGCAAAAGCGACCAGCAAUCGAAAGCAGAAUCAAAGAAAAAUCGUUCUCGCACGUGACACGCCAACAGUCAUUUCAAGAUCCAGGGGUUUCAUACCACUUGUGGAGAAACGUAGCAGCACUUUAUCAGGCGCCUUUAAGUGACAAUCGUCUGCAGAACAUUUGCACCUGUUUGCGAGACGACAUGGAUCGGGUGUACGGCCACUUCUGGCAAGUGAUUGUCAACAGAACAGAAGCCUUCGGCCUCGCCACUGCGCAUGCAAAAACAAAACGGCAUCUCAUUGAUCAACACGGAGUGUAUAGGGAUGGAAGGAAAUUAGAGCUCAUGAAGAAGCAGCAGAGAAGUCUUAUAUCUACUGCAGGAGAAAGGACUUUUCUGCGGUACAAAGACAGUAGAGACUGGACAGGGUUUGCUGAGCGUCUCCAAUCAUACCUCUUUGGCCGUUAUGCCGAUUCACAUGGGGGCUCGUGGAACGUCUUAGUACAAGAAGGUUCUUUUGUUUCAACUCGCCUUUGGGUGAAACACAACCGUUUCUUUCGAGUGGAAAUAGACGAAAACGAAUUCAAUGGAAACACUGAACAAAACAAGUGCAUCACCAUCGUCUGUUUCGAGGCGUGCACUACUGCCUCAUGA